AUGUUGAUUUUAGGUCUUUUGGCCUGCAUGAGUGUGGUGGCAGCACAAGCGGUAACCUUCACUGCAUUUCACGCUCCUGUACCAGUUCCAGUAGCUGUACGUCCAGUUGCGUAUCCAAGAUAUUCCUUCAAUUAUGGAGUUAAGGAUCCCCACACUGGCGACAUCAAGUCACAACAGGAAGAGAGAAAUGGGGACGCUGUUAGAGGUAGUUAUUCGUUAGUGGAACCAGAUGGCACAACUCGCACUGUCUCGUAUACAGCUGACGAUCAUAACGGGUUCAAUGCCGUGGUGCAUAGAACUGGACACGCUGUGCAUCCGGCAAGAGUUCUACAUGCCCCAGUUCACUACACUCCGGCCCUACCAGUUACGUCUUUCAUUCGAUGA